UAAUAAUCAAAAAAGACUGCUCCAAUAAAGCGAAAGUGUCAGUGUUAAAGUACACAGACCCAUAUAUCCGAAGGAAGAAAAAACUGUGAAGAAAAAAUUGGUCGGCUCAGGGAAAAAAUAUAGAUAUUCAGUUGAUAGAGAGCAGAAAAAAAUUAUCCUUAUAAAAAUAGAAUUGGCGAUUCGAUUUUGUUUCUGUGACACAAAACUUUCUCUUUCUCUAACGCUCAAUAGAAUCAAUGAUUUUUCGUGAAUUUCAUUUUAAUCCAUCAAUUAUUUAGUUUUGUAAUUUCGUUUUGGUGGUUUUUUCACAAAAACAACUGAACAAUUUCUCACGGUAGAAGGUGAUUUUGUGAUAAGUGACCAAAAAUCCUAUGGGAAUUUAAUGGCGAUAGCACAGAGAAAAUUAUGAUAAAUUGAUUUUAUACCAUUUGGAAAAGAAAAUGACGAAAAAAGUUCGGAAAAAUUUGGAAGAGUGAUGUGUAUUUCGGAUACGCCAACGUAUGUUUAAGUAAAUGAAAUUGUGUCGGUCGAUUUUUGAGCAAAGGAAUACAGUUAGAUUGUGGUCGUCGUGAUGUUCAAAAGUCGAACGGAAGGAAGUGUUGUUUUCAAGUGCACCGUACGCUUACUUGAAGAGCCAGAUGUACUUGAAUGCGAAUUUCAGCCAAAUCACAAAGGAUGCAACCUCUUGGAUUAUGUUUGCGAACAAAUGGACAUCAAGGAUAAAGACUACUUUGGUCUUCGAUUUGUGGAUGUAACACGACAGCGACAUUGGUUGGAUAUAUCCAAAUUGAUACUCAAGCAAGUCAAAGAUGUUGAGCCAAUUGUGUUCUCGUUUCGCGUGAAAUUUUUUCCAGCUGAUCCAUUUCGCUUGACUGGUAAUUCGAAGAUAAUGAUUUAUCAGCAGCUUAAACGGGACCUAAUUCAUGGGCGAUUGUACUGUUCAGCUGGUGAAGCGGCUGCAUUAGGAUCACUCAUUGUGCAAGAGGAACUUGGCGACUAUAAUCCAGAGAUUCAUGUCGGUGACUAUGUGUCAUCGUUAAAGUUGGCACUGCGUCAAACGGAUCAGCUUGAACGGAAAGUGAUUGAAUUGCAUAAAAAACGUGAACCCGGACAAGUUGAUCACAUGGUAGUCGAUGAAUUUUUGUCAAUUGCACGCGGUUUGGAGACGUACGGCAUUGAUCCGCAUCCAGUGAAAGAUCAUCGUGGCACACAGAUUUAUUUAGGCAUUAAUUAUACUGGAAUCAGUACAUUUGCAUCAGGGAAACGUGUACAACACUUUCGAUGGCCAGAAGUUCACAAGCUCAAUUACGAAGGGAAAAUGUUCAUUGCCCAUCUGAGUUACACGGACCGUGAGUCGAGAGAGCCGAAAAAGCAUACAGUUGGAUUCAAGUGUCCAACUGGUGCUGCUUGCCGCUAUGUUUGGCGAUGCGCAAUCGAACAAAUGCUUUUCUUUACGUUGCCAAACAGUCAGAAUGCAUCGGUUAUGAGCGGCGGUGGUUUUAUACGUGGUACGAAAUUUCGUUAUUCUGGUCGCACGGAGAGAGAAAUUCUUACCGAAAGUUUAAACGCCUUAAGACAACAGCAUUUAUUAAACAAUACCAGUCCAAGUAAACGAAAAGCAAACAGUGUUCCAGCGACGCCAUCAUCACCUCAGGGUGAUUUGGCCGAAAUGCGUUACAGUAGUUUGCCGAGAUCAACGAUGUCCGAGCCGAUGGGCUGUGAUCGCUUUUGUCAAGACAGUAGUGUCAUACCAUGUUUGGAAACCGUAUCUGAAGAAGCCAGACGACAAACAGAGAAUAGCGAUCUACCUGAUUAUUACUUCCGCGAUUCAUUUGAGCAUUCGUCAUCCGAAAGUGGUUACACAACAAAUUAUGAUGCAUUGCGUAUGGGGCCAAAUCGAUUACAUCAUAAUCAAAAUACCACCGAUAAUUUUACAUUUCAUAUGCAUCAACAACACAACAACAACACAUCGAGCUCAACAGCGAUGGCCAACCAACAGAAUGCCAUCAACAGUGCUAAAAAAAAUAUGAAAAAGUUUUCCAUUUUACAUGCUUUUAUACCCUCAUUCAUAUUUGUUAUUGUUGUACUAGCGAUUAUGACGGUAUUCAUCUUAGAAUCGGAAUCCGAUAAUUUUGUGACAUUCAAAAAUUUACCGGAAAUGAUGAGCCUCAACUAUCAGUACUAUCAACCGUUUAAGGAUUUUCUGUUAAGACGUCUUGGCCUGAAGAGUUGAGCCAUGGUCGCUAAUGGAUAUUGGAUAUUGUGAAGUCAAAAAAUGAUACACAAUUACCGAUCUUCAUCCUUCGGUCACAUUCAAUUACACUUUCCACCGAUUUAGUUUGGGAUUUCACUUCUUUCCAUCUGUAGACAGACCUUUUUUACAAAACACACCCAAUAAUUUAUUGCAUUUUCUACAUAAUUCAUUGAAAACACUCAAAUCACUCUACUUAAACCAUUAUAUUUUACAUUUACUGCUUCUGACCAAAGGUCCAAGGUCAGAUCCCCUCACCUGGUUGAACAGAACUACAUCUCUAUCCUUUUUUAGAUUGAUGGAUCUUUUUUAGGUCUUUCGGAACCAAUUUAUCUCCCUUCGAUUUUUCGGAAACCUUUCAAAUUAUCCAAAUCGCCCUUUGGCUUGACAACUUUUUGCGAUUUUACCCGAAUAUUACAAAUCGAUAAGAUUUCACUUGCAACUUUUGUGAUUCAUCAUGCUUCAAAACAAUGAGAAAAAAAAAGAAUAUUAAAGCUUUCAUCGAAUUACUGAACUAAGAUUGCUUAUAUACGUCCGUUAUUUGCUUAAAUUUUAGUGAUAAGCUUGAAGAGAAUUUUUUACCGACACGCAUCCCAUAUCUACCCAUUCAAAAUGGGUCCGUAUAGCCAUGAUCGGUGCCAUUUUGAAUACAAUUCAAAGGAUCUAGUCGAUUUUCUCCACCUACCAAGGAGAAACUAUUCAAUUGAACAAGCUGUAGAACAGAAACAAUCAUUUUCUUUUUCGAAAAAAUAUUUAGAUAUGUAAACAAUGCAUUGUCAAUUUCCAAACAAUAAACCAUUUAAAAGGGGUUAGAGCUGAUUAGAAGAAAUAAAACCAUUUUAUACUCAUGUUUACCACGUAAUAUUUGAUAAAUGCCACACGUAAAUUAGCUGCAUCAUUUUGUCGAAACACUUUCAAAGCCCAAUUACUCUUUUAAUUAUUCUGAAUAUUUGAUUCGAUUUUUUUGGCUAUUUUCUCUCUCGAGAAAUUGGUCCACAGUUGUUUGCCCAUUAACGUAUGUUUGUCUGUUUGUGUUAUCUUUGGUGUUAGCCCUUGAAUUAUUUACCUUUCGACACAAAAAAAUGUAGAUAGAAUUGCUUAAGCUUAGUAUGAAUCCAACUGAUUGUUUCGUUUUUAUUUUUGACAUUAUCAUCGGCGUUUGGCACAGUUUUAAAGAAUUAAUAUUUAUUUAUUUUUUGUAAGAACUUCUUACUGAGAAGUGGUUUCUCACCGAAAACAACUAAACGUUGAACUUUCAACAUGAUUUUUCACAUAGAUUUUUGAUAAAAUACUUGGUUGACAAAGCGAUUUUCGAAACAUGUCCGCAGCAUCUUCUUUGAAAUAUUUUUUUGCAAAAAUAUAGUUCGAUAUAAAUGAAAUGGCUUGAACUGGAUUUUUAUUCAAAACUCAAUGCAUGCCACAACUAUUGAAUGCAGUUUUUAUAUAGAUUAUGACAUUUUCUAUGCAACAAAAAGUGAAAUACACAAACAACUCAAUUAUAUUAUGAAAUGACAUUUCAACGCAGAAUAAGAAAGCACAAUUAUAUUACAAUUAUAUAUUUGCAGCAUCAUUGACGAUCAUGACAAAAGCAAUUCUAAUAUUUAGGACAUUUUUUUGAAAAUUCACUGAAAACUGUGAAUGGUAUUUUAUAAAAAAAAAAACAAAUAAAUUAGCAAUUGUAGUUU